AUGUCGAGCUUUCGCUAUCGUCCUGAGAUCCUCGAGGGCGUCCCGGAGCAUCUCACCCGGCAUCUUAAGCAGUUCGAGGACUGGUUUAUUCUUGAGGCAGCUGAAUUAAAGAAGAUCACGGAGCAUUUCGUCAACGAGCUUGGGAAGGGAUUGACCAUAGAAGGGGGCAAUAUUCCAAUGAACGUCACAUGGGUUACGAGUAACCCACCCGGUCGUGAAUCGGGACGAUAUCUAACACUGGACAUGGGUGGAACGAAUCUGCGCGUUUGUGAUGUCACUCUAUCAGAACAAAAGAGGGAUUUUGAGCAGACGCAGAGGAAGUUUAAGCUGCCGAAAGAGGUCAAAUCGGGGACAGCAGAGCAGCUUUGGGACUUUGUUGCGGAUCGCCUGCAGGUUUUUCUAGAAGAGAAUCCUAGUGGGUCUCAAGAUAAUAUCUCCGUGCCUUUGGCUUUCACAUUCUCUUUUCCAGUCGACCAACAGAAUAUUCGAAGCGGAGUACUGCAGCGCUGGACGAAGAAAUUCAACGUCUCGGGCGUGGAGGGCGAGGACGUGGUGCCUCAGCUGGAAGCUGCGUUAGCGAGAAAGAAUAUUCCGGUAGACGUUGUGGCGUUGAUCAACGACACAACCGGGACCCUCAUCGCCUCAAACUACCGUGAUCCACAAGUUAAAGUUGGCAGCAUAUUUAGCACCGGUACAAACGCUGCAUACAUGGAAGAAUGCAGAUUAGUCCCCAAAUUGAAAGAGUAUGGACUUCCAGAGGACGCCAAAGUCAUAAUCAACACCGAAUACGGCGCCUUCGACAAUGACCGCCAAAUCCUCCCCUUCACCCCAUUCGACCACCAGAUCGACUCGGAAUCACUGCGUCCUGGAACUCAGCUCUAUGAGAAAAUGGUUUCUGGCCUAUAUAUCGGCGAAAUGCUGCGCUUAGUGAUGGUCAAGCUGCACGAAGAGGGGGUAUUGUUCCAAGGCAAGGAUAUCACGAGUCUCCGGCAAAGCAACGCCGUCGAUGCGACCUUUCUCUCCAUCGCCGAAAUGGAUUUUUCUGAGGACCUCAGUGAUAUGAGAGAAGAGUUCGAAGAUGAGUUUAGCUUUUCUCCUACCGUGGAUGAGAUGAAGGUUUGCCGGUAUUUGAUUGGGUUGAUUGCAACUCGUGCGGCGCGACUCUAUGCCUGUGGCAUCGCGGCCAUUUGCAUAAAGAACAAGACCAAAAAGUGCCACGUUGGUGUUGACGGGUCGGUCUUCAAUAAGUAUAGCGGUUUCAAAGACCGGGCGAGUCAGGGUCUUCGUGAUAUUCUUGACUGGCCAGUGGGGGAGAUUGACCUGAUUGCAUUAAACGCGUCUGAAGAUGGAUCUGGUGUGGGAGCAGCAUUGGCAGCAUCGUUGGCGUUGAAUAAGGUCGAACAGAUCAAGACUACAAUUAUAUAG